AUUUUUAAUAUUUCCAAACGCAAGAUAAGUUCUAAAACAAUGCGCUUUCUGGUGAUUUUUGCUUUAAUCUGUGUGCUGGUGGUGGCACUUUGCUAUGGCCAGCAGGAGCAGUCCAGUGACAGUGAUGCUGAGUUAGUUCGUGAAAAACGCCAAUUUGGAGGACGCGGUGGUGGAUUCGGUCGUGGAUAUGGCUAUGGUGGACGUGGUUAUGGAGGACGUGGCUAUGGUGGUUAUGGAGGCUAUGGAGGUUAUGGAGGCUAUGGUCGCGGAAGCUUUGGAAGGCGUGGCUAGCUUUUGAAGCUAGUCUAAACAAUUAUAGUGAAUUUUUUAUUACUUCUAAAGGAAUAUUUUGUAAUUAAAGUAUAAUGGUGAACUUAA